AUGUAUGAAUGGUCUCGUGGGAAUAGUAAUAGUAACAUUAACGAUAAGAACAACAAUAGUGAUGGUGGCGGUGUUGUUACCUCAGAAGGUAAUGUGGAUAUAUUAGCAGAAGAAAAGAUUAGUCUUCGACUUAUUCUGGAUACACUCAACGACACCUUGGACCAUAAGUAUGCCAAGAGAAGGCAGAAAGACAACAGUAAUAACAGUAACAAUAAUAAUAGUAAUAAUAAUGGUGUAUCCUUCUCUCAGAGUAGUAGUAGUAGUAGAGUUAUCGCCACAGAUGUGGAAAUGGUAGAAUUGUUGGGAAUGUUGCCGAGAGUUCUUCAAGGCGCUGUUGCACCUGCUGCGAUGAAAGAGAAGGAACACCAACGGGAACUAAUGGCUAGUUACAACAUUCCACGAUCUCCUCCCUUCUCACGGUAUACCAUACUUUAUCAUCUUCUCUUUAGUCCACUCUCUUCACCCUCUUCUUCACAUACAUUAUUAUUAUUAUCAUCCUCUUCCUCUUCUUUUUUAUCACCAUCGACUGGUGAAAGUGAAGUACUGAACUGUAUUGCUCGUGUGUUCAUUUACAGUUGUGGUUCGGGUUCCCGAGAGUCAUCCCUGUUGCUGCGGCAAUCUAAUCUCCACCGAAUAGUGACGACGAAUGAAGGUGCAAAACCAACGAUUAGUGGGGACUCCAUCACAAUGGCAUCUCUCCAUUCCCUUGGCGAUAUUCUUCACUUAUCUCUAAAUAACAGUGAAGAAGAAGAAGAAGAAAGAGGAAGUGUUUGUAGGACACAAUUACUUUUGCGAGAUGCACUUCGUCAUGCUCUUUCGGAAUCUGGACUUUAUGAAUAUCUUUGGCGUUCUCUGUUGUUUCAUCCUCUUCCAGAUGUACUCCGUGCGGUGAUGGGCCAAAUCCUGCGGGAUGUUAGUCAUUUUAAUCUGUUAGGAUUACCCGCCAUUAUAGUCAUUACUCGACAGUCCAUUACCCCAGCGGUGUGGGGAGAGCGAGUGGCGCAGUGUAUUCUCUCUGAUUCUUCACCCAAUGUAAAGGAAUCUCUUGUUAUGAUUUUACAUGAAGGUCUAGUGGAGGCAAUUUCUGCUGAUAAGAAGAGUAGUCAUUUUAUUCACUGGAAGCGUUGGAUGACGAAUACAUCUCUUAAAUAUUUACUUGGUGUUCUUUCUAUUGGGGCUCCUGUUAGUGUACUGCAGCCACUUCUUGCAACAUUGAUGUUGGCGUUGGAAGUGGAAUUGAAGGAAGAUGGGAGAGAAUUACAACGGAGUGUUGGACCAAUGUGGGAGCGGUUUCAUUUAAUGACAGUGGUGGAAGUGUGUACUACGAAACUGGUAUAUUUAUUUACAGGACCCAAUGCUGUAAAUAGACGUAUAUGGACUAGUGAAGAUGAUGUGGAAUUAAUUUCUUAUCGUUUGUUAGUUAGCGGAUUGGUACAGUUGUUGCGUCUUGCCUUAAAAGGAGUUGAUGUAUUGUUGUGUAGUUUAAACCAUACUCAUCGUAGUAAUAGUAAUAAUAGUAAUAAUAAUAACAAUGCUGUAAAGGAGGCAAUUUUAAUAUUACGUACGUGUGUGGAAAAGCAAUUGGUAGCUGUUCUGCUAAAGUGUUUAGAAGAGCAGUAUCAACAAAAGCAACAACAAGUAUCAUCUGCUGUAUCUAUAUACAUGUUUUCAACGGGAAAGAUACGGGCAGAGAUGAUACGUCUACUGCGGGAUCUCACAGAGCGUGCCACCCCACCGCUCUUCUUUCUCAUGGGGAAAUUUAUACCGUACUUUCCAAUGAUGAUGCAGUCCAUUCUCAGCGGGGCCGGAAAGGCAGAGUUCCCAUUUCUAUGCAACUGCAAACAACAACAACAACAAAAGCAACAAUAUACAGUGUGUAGUGAAGAAGUGGAGAUGAUAGUACUUUUUGGAGUGUUGUUGUGUUACUCUUCACAGAUGCGUGAAGGCUUUUUACAAACAUUUUCUAUCCUGCAAUGUACAUGGGAACAAUGUCAGGCGGUGUUUGAUGUACUUGAGGCCACAGCCCGAUCACUGCCGGAGCACACAGUAGAGGGACUCUUAUGGAUAGAUGGAACAGGCACUCUUAUCCAUAGAAUGAGAAGUCUACUGCAGUCUAAGUCUGUGGAAUGCCUCUUUCAUCACCAAGAAGAAAAAGAAGAAGAACAGGAACAGGAACAGAGAGAAAAAAUUUGGAUUUCUAAGGGAAGCGCUAUGGACUGUAGAAAUAAUGAAAGUCGUUGGGUUUCUAUACAACAAGAGCGACAAAAAGUUAUUUCGCAGAAAAGUCAUAUUCCCUGCGAUUUUGUGUAUCGUAUUUUCCAUUAUCUCCGCAGGAGUAUUAUGAAGAGAAUGAAUGAUGAUAUAAAACGCAAGGAAGAAAAAGAAAAAGAAGAAGAGGUUGAUGGAGUCUCAUUAUCACCUAUUCAACCAAGCACUAGUGCCAGUACAGGAAGUACAAAGAUUGCUAUUGUGGGUAACACACAUGAGGAAGAUAUGAUUGCUGUAGUGGAGGAUUUAAAAAAGAAGACUGACAAGAAGAACAAUAAUAAUAACAAGAGACAUACAGGGCAAGAGGGAUUGGUAACUCCUCACUCUACUGUAGAGAAGUGGAAUCAUCAGAAAUUGGAAGAAAAUGUCUUAUUCGAUGAUGAUGAUGAUAGCACAGAGAAUUCAUAUGAUCUACACUCCCUUGUUCAUACACAUUCUUCCCUUUCUACUGGUCAGCGAGAAGAAGAAGAAGAAGAACGGGAGUGGCAAAUGAAAAAGAAAACCUCACUUGUGAUGAUACCUCCUUCAACGGAUCUAAACAUGCACGAGUUAUUAAGACGUGUACGUUACUCCCAAAUGGAAACAAGUGCUGCAGAGGAAAAAGUUUAUCAUGCCGCACUUGAUUUGUUUGCCGCCCUCGCAUCACGUUAUUAUCGUCACAUAUUAACUCCUCAAGCGGCAGUGGAGUAUUUAAAGCGACACGAACAUAAAGGAUGGCCUCCACACUCUCACAUAACAACGACAACAUCAUCAUCAUUAAAUGACUCCAUACAGUCCGUAGUCACUGGAAGGAAGAAUUAUAAUACUAUAUUGCGUUUGUGGACUGGUCGGGAUGUACGAAAGGAAGAUCUUUUUUUCUUCUCACUUCCCAUUAAAGAGAUAAAUGAAGAGGCUAUUAUCACCCUUAUAGACCGAUGUAAGAAACAUAAACAAACACUUCGGCGAGUUUUGCGAACAACACCACAAACACUACGGGGUCGUCGUUGGUUCUUGGAAGACGCAAUAACAAACAUUAUGGGUCGUCUUAUUGCCCUUUUUCACAUCCUUCUUCUCUCUAUUCAGCAAGAGGGAGAGAAGGCUGUACAGGAGGUCUUUACACGUAUGCCCGAAGUAGGUGAUAGAGAGAUGAUAUUAGACUCUGUUGCUGCCCGGUGUAUGUGGACAGGUGAUGCGAUACAGCAGGAACUUCAUUGUGGUACAAUAAUAGAUAUGACGAAGUUUAUUGUUUCCUGUUUUUCACUUCCUGUGAACCUCACAGUGUAG